UGUGUCAUUUUUGCUGUCAGGAACCGGUUGUCUUUUAUGUUUGACAAGAUGAAAAUAAAUUAGUAUGAUUGGUACGAAUAGAGGGAUAGGUUGUGUCGUCUUACACUGAGUGAAUGUUUAGUAUUUUUUUGAUUGUUUGUGAUCCUUAAUGAAAAGAUAUUUUCUUUGUUGUACGCAUUUAUAUAUUAUAAAAAAUAGUGGAUAUAAAAAUGUUUCCCAUCCGUUCGUCUUUGUACUACCUCUAAAUUGGUUGUGUUUUUAAAUAUCAUAAUUAUUUAAAAUGACUUUAACUAUGACAAGAAAACUUAGUGAAUGCCAGGCAGAGACCGUCCAGUUUGUGCCUAUAGAAAAAGUAAGUGUGGAAGAUGAAUGUGGUUCAGAAAGCUUCUGUCAGAGCAAUGGCCUGCUCAGGCGGGGCAAGAAACUGGAAGACAACAACAACAUGACCAAAGAAGAAGAAGAGUACAUCAACUAUAGGCAGCUGCUCAAGUAUGAGCAGGCACCGGAAUAUAUCAAGCAUAAUCCCUUCAUUAGGGAUGGAUACAGGAAAUUGCUGCCAACUAGACUGUGUUGGGAAAGCAUAUUCUGGUGGACGAAUGAGACGAUGAACAUAUGGACUCACAUAUUUGGAUUCUUCUUAUUAUUGUUCCUGACGAUAAAUGACCUCGUGAUCAUAAAUAUCCAUGCGACGGUCACAGACAAAAUUGUAGCCGGAAUCCUCUUCUCAUGUUUUUUGAUAUGCAUGGCGCUGUCGGCUCUCUACCACACGUUCUCGUGCCGUUCGGAACACGAUUACAACACGUUCCUCAUGUACGACCUGUUUGGCAUCGCGCUCUCAUUGCUCGCCAUAUACACUUCCGGCGUUUAUUACGCGUUCUGGUGUCAUUAUGAGCUAAAGGCUUUCUACAUGACAUCAGUGACGGUGAUCUUCGUCGUAGCAAUGGUGCUUCAGAUACCGAAAUUAGGCGUGCCUUAUCUCGUCAAGAUGUGUGUGUUCAUCGGCUGGGCAGCUUACGGAGUGCUGCCCACGCUGCACUGGACCUACACGCUGGGAGGGUUCGAUAACCCAAUGGUACAGAUGUUUUUCCCUAGAGUCAUAGGGAUGUACGUUAUAAGUGGGACGGCGUUUGUGAUCUAUGCUUUCAAAGUGCCAGAACGUUGGUUCCCCGGCAAAGUGGACUACAUCGGCCAUUCUCAUCAAUGGUGGCACGUUCUAGUGCUGGGAGCACUCUACUACUGGCACAACUCCGGCAUGAUGUACGUGCAGUACCGCAUGAACCACGGCUGUGCCAACACCAUGCGGAUAUUUUAAACCCAUGCGGACUUUCAUGGGUAUCGUUAAUGCGGACCAAUAUGAUCCCUGAAUGCCGUAAUUUAAGCCUGGGAAACCAUUUGGCUGAGCAAAUCGCCUUUAAAGCAAUGCCUUAGGUGUUUAUGAGAAAUUUAAGGCCUUAGUAAAAUGUUAUAGAAAAAUAAUUGUUGAAAGCCCCAGGGAAUUACAUAGUGCCUGUGGCUUGCCCAUUACCUUGAACAUUGCUCAAUUUAAGCCAUUAAGAGGGAUAAUAUUCAAAUAAAAACAACUAUAGUUGAAUGCAUGAAUAAACGAAGUAAUACAUAAGGUUCUCUUUAUUAUAUUUAAUCUGAAUCUUCGUAAAACUUAAGUACUCUCACAAACCCACAUCAACUUUCAAUUUAAAUAUGGCGACUAUCCAUGUCAAUGUCGCCUCAUAAAAAAGUUGUUGCGUAUUACAAACGCUAAGGAAUGUUGAUACUGCCAAUCUAAGAUCUGAUUUUAACGACAAUAUUCUAAAUAAAAUGUGAUAUUCAAAUAGUGAAUGUUAUGAAAUACGGUAGCUGCGUUAUAAAAUUUUAGAUAAUAUCCGAAUUUCACAAUUAUAAAAGUAAUCUCUCUUAG